UCCACAUCCUUGCAAAUGGCAAGAUUUCAUUCUUUUUAUGGUUGCUCUUGUUUUUAAAACAAACAUUAGGCUAUCAAACUCAUGCAUAUUUCUGAACUCCAACCCUCAGGUGAAUGCAUGCAAUCAAUUCAAAAUACCAAAAGCCAGACUAUUAAAUUGCAGCUCACCCUGGUAACUAAAAAACAAUCUAUGUUGAGAACACCCACAAAGAUGUCUUUCAAAAAAAUAUAUUAAGAAGCAAUGUUAACAAAAUAUAUUUUUUGGAACAAUGAAAGGAGGAAAUGAGAAAGCCUUGAAGAUUUGAAUCUUUAGUAUACUCAUCCUUUUGGCUAUAUGGCUGAUACUUCCUAAGGUCAUGACACAGGCUAACUGAGUAAUUUUUCUUCCCACAGCCAUGGCCACAGCAAAGUCCACCCCUGAUGAGCCCCUGCUCAGAGGCAAAAGAAGGCAUGAUCUCCAAGAGAUGCUGACAGAAGUAGGACUGGUACUUGAGUACUGGUUACCCAAGUUGCAGGAACAUCUGGGUGUGACCUGUGCCCAGGCCUUAUAACACCUAGAAGAAAAAGACCUCCAAAAGCUGAAAUCCCAAGCACGACAUUCCUGGGAAAAAGGAGCCCUGGAGAUGCUUCUUAACCUGUCACACUCAGAUAGUCUUUCAGAGUUACAGGAGUCUGUGUUGGAAAUGAGAAAGAAAAUGCAGAAGCAGGCAGAGCAGGCACAGCAGGAGCUAAAAGACUUGCUGUCAGAAAGGAGGCAGCAACAGGAAGAAGCAGUGAGGAAAAAAGAGGCAGAGCUUAGGCCGGCAAUGGAGAUCCCCGAAAAGUACUGGCUACCUCCCCAAAAGUCCCUAAAAGAAGUCAUGGAAAACAUUCAGAAACAACUCAACUUCAUGGAGGAGACACCAUCUCACAGGCAAAACCUCCCAGAUAGAGAUCUGGUGAGAUGGGCAUCUGGAGGGUUGGCCCUGCAUGGGAUUUACAAAACCAGCAAUCAAAGGGAUCUGAUAGAGAAGAGAGAGGAGCUACUCAGUGUCCGAAAGGAGUUCUCACUCUUUGGCCCUGAGCAGGGCACAAGGAUGGAAACAAAAGAAUUUACAUCUUUUCAAGCAGAAUCCAUGUUCACCCAGAUUAUGGAGAAGCUGGGCUUCAGUGCAGCUGCCUCAGCCAAGGGUGAAGGUUGGGGAUUUAGCCUGGAAGCUAGUGUAGAUCACAGCAAAUAUUCAGAAUCUAAGAAAACCCGACAAUCACAUUCUAAGCACUCUUAUUUUUGCUCAACCAAGUUCAGCUACAUCCCACUGGCUUCCUGCCACUUUCCCAUUGAUCAGCUCCAGUUAACCAAGGCUGCUCUGCAGGAACUGAAAUGCAUUGAAGAUCUUCUGGGUCAGUCUGCAGGCCUAGACAGACUCCCCUUGCUAAAGGCCGGGACUGAAGCCUUCUUCCACAGGUUUGGCUUUCGUGCUAAUCAGGGCCCUCUGCACCUGGGAGGAAUCUACUGGUGGAAAGCCAUUUCAGAGGGUUUCCAAAGUGAGCAACUGGCAGAAGUGAAAAAGCAGUCAGCAGAAGCCCUGGAUAUUUAUAUAAAGGGCAGCUACAGUGGCCUUGGAAUGCGAGUUGCUGCAGGUGUGGAUGGGACAGACUCUUAUUCAAAAACAGACUCUGAGAGCACAAGCUUCCAAAAUCUCCAAACCAAAAUCCAAUUAUUGGUGGCCCAGACAGGUGGCCCACCAGAAGCAAAUGGCCUUUUCCAGUGGAAAGCUGGCCUAGUGGCCAGUAAUCAAACCUGGUGUGUCACUGACCGGGGAAUUCAGCUGGUGCCCAUUCGGGACAUCCUCCUCUCCAGCCACAGAAGUGAUUUUAAGGAUCCUCUUCAGGUAGCUAUCUGCCUGAAAGACAGCUAUACUGCUCUCAUUGGCUUGACUUCCUAGAUCCAGAAUGGAGAGGAAUUAUUGAGUGUUGUGAAGGAGGCUAGGGUUUUCCUAGAAGAAGUGAAAUCCUGGGAGGUAUCUGAUCCUGAAGAGCAGCUUAAAAAACUGAUAAAUUUCAUGCAAAUGUUGAGUCAAAAAAUAAAAACUUAUGACACUUGGAUUAACAUAUGCCUCACAGAUAGGGAUCUACAGAAUUUUCUGGUAAACACUGUCAACUUUUGCAAAAGGUCUCCCAUAUAUAAAACAAAAUUUAUUAAAUCUCAGUUGCGCAGCCUUUUGGAUCCUCACAUCUAUAGUGUGACAAACUUUCCUCAGGCUCAUUCUAUCAUGCGAUGGAUCUUCUGGUCAGAGUCAGAGCAGAAGCAUAUCAACAUCUCCCAAUUUUCUGAAUUAAUUAAAAUCUUAAAAGAAACCAAAAAUGACUUCAUGGAAGUAAACACCAAAUCUGAGUCCCCAGAAAUAGUGGAGGAAGCCCAAAGAAAGGCAAUUUAUAAGGUCAGCCAGUCUCUUGGCUGCUUCUUGAAUUACCCCCAAAAAAUAGAGCAGCCAGACAUACAGCGCUUGCUACUUUCCACUGCAGCUGGUGCAGGUUAUCACAUGGUAAACAAUACUUUUCAGUAUCUCCUAGGGUGUGAUGAGUUAGAAUUCCUACUGAGUGAAAUGCAAACUGCCCAUGAUAAAUACCAGGAGCUCAAAAAUAUUUGCAGCUACAGGGCUCAAGCAUUCCUGGUGCUCACAUGUCUGACAGCCACUGUUACAGCUCUUUCUCCAAAGGAGAAAACACAACGCUUGACAUUUGUAGAGCGCCUGAGACAAUCAUUGUCUGAAGAAGUUGUACAUGUCCUCACCAAACCUGGAGCAGAUUAUGAUUGGGAAAACCUAGAGAAAGACUUGAGAUUGCUCAUUGAUGGGAAUUAUGAAGCCACCAUCUCUUCAUUGCAAAUGGAUGAGGUGAAAAAACAUUUGCAAGGUAUCUUCCAUGAAAAGGAACCGCCUCAGGAACCACAUGAUAAUGAAAGCAACAAAUGGGAGGCCACAGAAAAUGCAGCCUUCUUAGAAUUACUCCAGCGUCUAGGCCUAGAACAGUACUACCCAAAAAGGAUGAGCAGAGCUAACUUCCAUCUGAUCUACAAGACUUCUGUGUAUAACACCCAGCCCAGCUCUGAGCGGGAGCUUCCCUUCUACUUCCUACAGAAGUUACUAAUGCUAGAUUAUGGGCUGAGAUACCUGGUCUUCAAAGACGAUGGAAACACAGAGAAUCAAGUCUCUCCAAGUGCCUCAAAUCAGAAAAAUGAGGCUUUCGAUCCAUAUGAAGACUUUUCUGAAGACAGUGAUAGUCCCACUAAUCCUUCAGCCACUAAUUCCAGGCCCCAUAUUCACCCUAUGGAUAUUCAGAUGGCAAUUCUUCACUGUACAGAUGAUUUUGCAAGACAAUAUAUUCUGUCCAAACUUUCCAUUUGUCAGUUUGCCCUCCCUCUUCUUACACCUAAUCCCUGCAAUUCUCAAAAUGAAUUCUCUCUGUGGUCUCUCAGUCAAAUUAGGAGAAGCUGGCAGCAAGCAAGGAAAUCACAAAAAGAGGAGAAGAACAAUUAUAACAAUCAGCAGAUGUGUCGUGUCUCUACCCCCAUUGUGUCCUUUAUUAGGGUUGGAAAUGGCUUCUCUGCUUCCAAAUCUCAGAUUAUGAAGUGUCUUCUCAGUAAACAUUAACAUGAUAUCUUUUUUCAUCGACACUGCAGAGGGAGCAGCAAAGACUAUCUCUUGAUGGUGGGUGUAGUGGAAAUCUGCUGGUUCUGUCCUGGGGGGGAAGAUAAGGGCAGAUUUGACAACUGUUUGACCUUCACCAAUCUUCAUGGAGAUGCCAAGGAACAUAAGAAGCUACUCACCUUCCUGCAGGAGAUCUCUUCUCUCAUUGUGGUGCUCAUGGCAACUUCUGAUGACAAUAAAGAAAACCAAAAAAUUGUCCAUGGCCUGUGUCAGCUAUCAAAACCUUUGAUCUGUUUGUUGGAUGACAAAGAAAAAAUCAGGGCCAAUAAUUCUGGACAAAAGGUGAGAAUUGGGAUCAGGAACAGAAAUGAGGCAGAAUUAACAGAGGAGCUCAAAACUACAAUCAGAGAUUUGCUAGAGUUCUCUGACACUGCUUUGAGCUUAGAGGACUGUGCCCAGAUUGCUCGAAAGCAAGGAUUCCUUAUUGAUGAGGACCAGGGAAACUGCAAAUAAGCCAAAGAAAAGGCAGAGAUUCUCAUGACCCUAUUAGAAGACAUGCAGAUAUCUCAGAUGAAGGAAAAAUUACUACCCCUUCAGGGACAGCUCUGGCAUCUUUGGUGUAAAAAGGACAAAGAACUCUAUCAUCUGAGAGAAAAGGGAAAUCGGAGCAUUGAACAACACAAGAGUGAGAUUGAGGUAGAUAAACAAUUAAUACGGAGGGAACAAUUGACCAGAGCCUUUCCUCUCAAUGAGUUAAUGCAAUCUGUCCUUAUAAUUAGCCAAAAACAUUCCGAAACUCAUACCAAACUCUACUUCUUACAAUGGCUGAGUGUGUUCUUGGACAACCUGACUGCAGGACACUUGGAAAAACUGAAUGAAAAGAAAAAGUCUUUGUGGUCAUUGGUACAAAAAGAAAAGCAAAAGGCACCAAAGAACACCUCCCUGAAACAUUGGCAAAAUGAGAUAGAAGCUAUUUCUACAGAGAUUAGUGACUGCACCUUGGGAAUUGAGCAACUUCUCAGAGAAGUAGGCCAGAUCUAUGAAGCUCUGGAAGAAAUUUCUUCCACAAGAGAUAUUGUUUUUCUCUCCCUUCCCCAGAUUGCUGCAGAUCUAAUGAUAUCUGGUGUUCCCAUUGAGCUGAUGGAUGGGGAUGCUUCAUAUGUGCCUCUAAAAUGGGUAGCAGCUAUUUUUGACAAGGUCUCUGAGAAACUUGGAGACAAACGGCUGUUUGUUCUCUCUAUCCUUGGCCUGCAGAGCUCAGGGAAGUCCACCCUGCUGAAUGCCCUUUUUGGGCUACAGUUCACUGUCAGUCCUGGGAGGUGUACCCGGGGGGCCUACAUGCAGCUCCUGAAAGUGGAGGAGACAUUCACAGAGGAACUUGGAUUUGACUUUAUGCUUGUUGUGGACACAGAAGGAAUUCGGGCCCCAGAACUCAGCAGCAAAUCCCAGAAUCAUGACAAUGAGUUGGCAACCUUUGCUAUCGGACUUGGAAACUUGACUCUGAUCAAUAUUUUUGGGGAAAAUCCAUCAGAAAUGCAAGAUAUUCUACAAAUAGUUGUCCAAGCCUUUCUAAGGACGAAAGAAGUAAAAAUCUCCCCAAGUUGCCUUUUUGUCCAUCAGAAUGUGGGGGAAGUUACAGCUAAAGACCAAGCUGUGGAAGGACUAAGACGGCUAGAGCAGCGACUGGAUGAAAUGGCAGCAACAGCGGCUGGACAAGAACAGUGCUCAGGUGUAACCCACUUCAGUGAUGUCAUUAAGUUUAAUAUCAAUACUCACGUCUACUACUAA